AUGAAGAAAAGCACUGUCCUGGCAACUCUGCUUCCUCUGGUGGCGGCAGAUAGCGAUGCUGCUAACCCCCAGAUCCGGGUAGCUUUCCACGGAGACGAUGGAAUGAUGAUCAGCUGGAACACGUUUGACCACGUUCCUCGUCCGAGUGUUUUUUGGGGCAGGUCGAAGGAGCACCUCACCAACAUUGCAUCGUCGGCUGUGUCUGUCACGUAUCCCACUUCCACGACUUACAACAACCACGUCUUGAUUCAGGGACUGAAGCCAGACACCACCUACUAUUAUAUACCGGCGCAAUUGAACGAAGACACCUGUUAUGAGCCGUUCAACUUCACCACUAGCCGAAGAGUCGGUGACAAGAGACCCUUCUCAGUCGCCGUUGUCGCAGACUUGGGAACCAUGGGCUCUGAAGGGCUAUCCACGUCCGCCGGCAAGGGUGUUUCCAGCAACAACAUCCUCAAGCCAGGCGAGAAGAACACCAUUGACUCGCUCAUUAGCAGCAUGCCAGGGUACGAGUUCCUGUGGCACGUUGGAGACAUUGCCUACGCCGACUACUGGUUGAAGGAGGAGAUUCAGGGGUUCCUGCCCAACACCACUGUCGAGGAAGGAUACAAGGUGUACGAGUCCAUCCUGAACGACUUUUACAACGAAAUGAUGCCUGUCACCGCAUCUCGCGCCUACAUGGUCGGACCCGGAAACCACGAAGCGAACUGCGACAAUGGCGGCACCACCGACAAGACCCACAACAUCACAUACGACCUCAGUAUCUGCAUGCCCGGACAGACCAACUUCACCGGCUUCAAGAACCACUUCCGCAUGCCUAGCGAUGUUUCUCGAGGCACCGGUAACUUUUGGUACAGCUGGAACAGCGGCAUGGCUCACUUCAUUCAGCUCGACACCGAAACCGACCUUGGACACGGCUUCAUUGGUCCAGAUGAAAUUGGAGGCACUGAAGGCGAGGGAGCUAGCCCCGUCAACAGCAAGAUGAAUGCCCAGGUCAAUUGGCUGGAAGCCGACUUGAAGGCCGUCGACCGCAAGUUAACUCCGUGGAUCAUUGUCGGAGGCCAUCGCCCUUGGUACCUUAGCUACCAAAACGUCACGGGCACCAUCUGCUGGAGCUGCAAGGAUGUAUUCGAGCCGCUGUUCAUCAGAUACGACGUGGAUCUCGUUCUGUCCGGCCACGCCCACAUUUACGAGCGCCAGGCUCCCAUUGCAGAGGGCAAGAUUGACCCCAAGGAGUUAAACAACCCAAGCUCACCUUGGUACAUUACCAAUGGCGCGGCUGGUCAUUACGACGGACUGGAUACGCUGCAGAGUCCUCGACAGCAGUUUAGCCGGUUCUCGCUGGACACGAACAAUGCGACUUAUGGAUGGAGCAAGCUGACGUUUCAUAAUUCUACGCAUCUGACGCACGAGUUUGUGGCUAGUAAUAACGAUACUGUUCUUGACUCGGCGACUCUGUAUAAGAAUCACAAGUGCUGA